AAAUAAAAAAAAGAUGCCCGGAGAAUCUCCAGACAACAAUAUAGUGUACCUCCAUGGCGACCUCGACCUUAAAAUCAUCGAAGCCCGAUGCUUGCCGAACAUGGACUUGCUCACCGAACGCCUCCGCCGCUUCUUCGCCGCCUUCGCCUGCCGUCAAACCAACCACCACCACCACGACGGCACCGACCACAAACACCACAGCAAGAAGAUCAUCACCAGCGACCCCUACGUCACCGUCUGCCUCGCCGGAGCCCGGGUCGCCCGUACCCGGAUCAUAUCCAAUUCGCAAAACCCGGUCUGGAACGAACAUUUCAAAAUCCCCUUAGCUCACCCCGUCUCACAGGUUGAAUUCGAGGUGAAGGACAACGACGUGUUCGGGGCAGACCUAAUCGGAGUCGCCACAGUGGCGGCGAGCCGAAUCGCCGCCGGCGAGACAAUCGACGAGUGGGUACCGGUGAUCGGGCCGUACGGGAAGCCGCACAAACCCGAUUCCGCAGUCCGAUUGGAGAUCAAAUUCACACCCUGCCACACAAACCCUACCUACCUCAACGGAAUCUCCGAAGACCACGAAUUGAAGGAGAGCUACUUCCCGUUACGGCACGGCGGCAAGGUGACGCUGUACCAAGACGCGCAUGUUCCGGAGGGAAUGCUGCCGGAGAUCGGGCUUGACGAGCAGAGAAGAUUCGAGCACGAACAAUGCUGGGAGGAUAUAUGCCACGCGAUAUUGGAGGCGCACCAUUUGGUGUACAUUGUCGGGUGGUCGAUUUACCAUAAGGUGAAGCUAGUGAGAGAGCCGACGCGGCCGUUGCCGAAAGGCGGGAAUUUGAAUUUGGGCGAAUUGCUUAAGUACAAAUCUCAGGAAGGGGUUCGAGUUUUGUUGCUCGUUUGGGACGACAAGACUUCUCACAGCAAGUUCUUCAUCAACACGACGGGGGUGAUGCAGACGCACGAUGAAGAAACUAGAAAGUUCUUCAAGCAUUCUUCGGUGAAUUGUGUGUUGGCCCCUCGUUAUGCCAGCAGUAAGCUUAGCAUUUUCAAGCAGCAGGCAUGUUUUUUUUUACUUCUCUUAUCGUAUGUUUUUCCGAUUCCCGUCGUUGGAUCUCUAUACACUCACCAUCAGAAAUGUGUAAUUGUGGACACUCAAGGCAACGGCAAUAACCGUAAGAUCACUUCAUUCAUCGGCGGUCUCGAUCUUUGCGACGGCCGCUACGAUACGCCCGAUCACAGGCUAUUCCGUGACCUCAAUACCGUCUUUCACGAUGAUUUUCAUAAUCCCACAUUUGCCCCAGGAACUAAGGCACCGAGACAGCCAUGGCAUGAUUUGCACUGCAAAAUCGAAGGUCCAGCUGCGUACGAUGUGCUAACUAAUUUCGAGCAGCGUUGGAAAAAAGCCACUAAAUGGUCGGAAUUUGGCCAACGGUUUAAGAGAAUAUCCCAUUGGCACGAUGAUGCAUUGAUAAAGAUCGAGCGAAUUUCGUGGAUUACCAGUCCUUCUUCAACACUUCCGAACGAUCAUCCUUCUUUAAGGGUUUCCAAGGAAGAUGAUCCCGAGAAUUGGCAUGUCCAGGUUUUCCGAUCUAUAGAUUCUGGAUCGUUGACGGGAUUCCCGAAAACUGUCCACGCAGCUGAGCAACAAAAUCUGGUUUGUGCAAAGAGUUUGGUGAUAGAUAGAAGUAUUCAAAUGGCAUAUAUCCAAGCAAUUAGGUCUGCUCAGCACUUCAUAUACAUUGAGAAUCAGUAUUUUCUUGGGUCGUCUUAUGCUUGGCCCUCCUAUAAAAAUGCAGGUGCUGACAAUUUAAUUCCAAUGGAAUUGGCAUUAAAAAUCGUAAGUAAAAUACGGGCAAAGGAGAGAUUCACUGUUUACAUUGUUAUACCAAUGUGGCCCGAGGGUGCUCCCGAUUCUGCUUCUGUACAAGAAAUCCUUUAUUGGCAGGGACAAACAAUGCAAAUGAUGUAUGAAAUUAUUGCUAAAGAGAUCAAAACAGCUAAGCUCAAGAACGCACAUCCGACCGACUAUCUCAACUUCUACUGUCUUGGCAAUCGGGAGGAACCUCUAAACGAACCAAACAAAAACGGUGUAUCCUCUUCAAACGGAUCUACGGAAUCGGCUUCACAAAAAUCGGGACGGUUUAUGAUCUAUGUACAUGCAAAGGGAAUGGUGGUUGAUGAUGAGUACGUUAUAGUGGGGUCCGCAAAUAUCAAUCAAAGAUCCAUGGCUGGUUCGAGAGAUACAGAGAUAGCCAUGGGUGCUUAUCAGCCCCGUUACACCUGGAUUAAAAAUAAGGAACACCCACAUGGCCAGGUAUAUGGAUACAGAUUGUCGCUAUGGGCGGAGCAUUUGGGGAAGGUAGAUAAUCGUUUCAAAGAUCCGGCGAGUUUGGAGUGCGUAAAAAGUGUGAACUGUGUUGCGGAGAAUAACUGGAAGAGAUUCACGGGUGAAAAGUUCGCUCCAUUACAAGGGCAUCUUCUGAAAUACCCGGUGGAGAUUGAUGGUGAUGGAAAGGUAAACGCUUUGUCUGGAUACGAAACAUUCCCGGACGUUGGUGGGAAGGUUCUAGGUGCUCCCACGAAUCUUCCGGAUGCUUUGACAACAUAACAAUCGUAUAUAUUAUAGUUUUUUUUCUUCUUUUUUUUUUUCCGCCCAGAAAGGGGGUUUGUAAAUAGAUCGAAUAUACGUAAAACUUGUAAGUAAAAUGCAUCAAAGGAUGAUACCACAAAGAAA